UUCAUUUUACAAUCAAAAACAGAAAAACCUAUAGAUUUUUCAAAAACACAUAUCUUUCUGAAAAAAAUUACAGAUUCAUUACCGAGAUGUGAUUUUUGUGGAAAUCAAUUAGAUGAGGCCACAAUGUCGGAGGGAUCAAAGACCGGAAAAUUAACGUGUCAAAAUUGUAAAGAUCCUGACGAAUGGUCAUCCAUAGAUACUCUUUCAUCAAAUUCUGAAUUCAAUUCUUCUGCAACUUCAACAGGAGGAUUAUUAUUUCCUAGCAAAUUACAUCAACGCACCUUGUCAAACAUUUCGUUGCAUCUAUCAGAUUAUAUUCAAAAUCAACUUUCAAAUUCUUUAGACAAUGUUGACAUAAGCGCGGAAGAAAAAUCACACGUAUGGCAUUGGGCUACUGAUUACAUUAAAUUGCAGGAGAGUGCUAGGGAUUGUGUUACCUUUGACAUCAGGGAAACGAGGAGAUAUCUUUAUUUAACAGUAGUAACACCCAAUCAUAUGAUCCAUUUGUUUAGUUGUGAUACCAAUACCAAAAAUACUCCGGAUUUUAAAUUUGAAUUGGCGCGAACUUUUUGGGUUCCAGAAAGAUAUGUGUUUUUGAAAAAUCUAUAG